CCCGGGGCACGCACACACACACAUACACAGACACACUCUCACAUCCCCCGCCCCGCCGAGUCACCGGCUCCGCCCCCCCCGCGGCGGCCUUAGCAGCGGCGGCGGCGGGGCCGGGCCGGCAGAGCGGCGGCAGCGGCGAGAUGACGACGGCGACGGGCACGGAGCGGGUGCGCGAUGGCAGCUGCCACUUCCAGCGCUCCCGGCUCAUCUGGAUGAUCGCCAUCACCUUCGGCAUGAUCGUCCUGGGCUGGGUAACGCUUUUCCCUUCAACUAUACCUUAUAAUUAUUUGGGAAUAUUUGGUACCUUCCUUAAUUAUUUAGUGAAAAACCACCACAAAUGGGUAUGCUAUGGGUUCUGGGUAUCCUGGUUGAUUCACGUGGUAGAAGCCUUCUACAGUGUUAAGUUAUGCCAAUCUAAAGGAAUCACUGACCCGGCUGUUCAGUUCCACUGGUUCAUUCAGACACUUUUAUUUGGAUAUGCUUCCUUUGGUCUUCUGGUGUCUUACAAACCAUCAGCCAGGAAGCAGUACUAGAAGACAGCGAAAGAAGCAAAGCCACUUCUCACAUUCUUCAUCCUCAUUUUUCAGAAAAUACCCUCACUUACAUAUCUAGGUGCUAUAAUUAGCUAAAUUACAUUCCAGCUGUGUGAUGCAGCGCCCUUCUACCCAAGUAACUCUCCUCUUUCUAAACAAAAGAAUUGUAAUUCACAGGGCCCUGUGAAUAGUGCAAUAGAAAUUCAGCUCUUCAGUCUUGGCACUGCCAGAGUUUAAUCCCAUUUCUUAUGCAAGAAGCCAGUUUUUGACAUAGACUCCAUACUCUGAUUGUCAUUGAAAAGCUGGUGGUAGUGGUUGAUAGGUUACAUUUUCAUGGGAAGGAAUUUUCUUCAACAGGGAGAGUUACAGCCACAAGGCAACUUGCACCUGUUUUGUGAUGGAAUUUAACUUUUAACAUUUUACUGGCUGCUUGUUGUUAGAGCCUGGUCUUUGUACUUUGUUUUGUCAGCUUACUUUCUUCCACAAAGGACAGACCACUUUAUUGCUGCAGGCACAUUAAAAAGACCAAGUCUCAGGUCAGGUUGAGGUGCACUGAUGAGCUUAGAUAUGUAAAGCACUUUAACUUGGUUUAAUACGUGUGCCUUAAAUUUCAUGCAGCAUGACCUCAUCUUUUGAAUGAAGAUUUUAAUCUUUGAGUUAGUAUAGCAUAAAGUAGUAACCCUGUAGCUUUGAGGGCAGCUUUUUCAAGAAGUAAUUUAUUAUCCAAGAAAAAAAUAUCAAUUAGCAUUCCAAAACCUAGCUGAAAACGUUAUAUUUGUGAAUGAAAUUAGGAAUAGUGAUUAAAUGUACACCACUGGUCCCCAGAUGCUGAUAUCCUGAAUCUAUGUUUGAGAGACCAUCUUAAGCACCCGUCAGAGUACUGCCUGUAUGUGUAGUGAGCCUUUUAUCAUACUGUCUUUUACUUUUGCAUAUUUGAACAAGAAUUUAGCCUGUCUUGUUUUAGCACUGUUAAAAAAAAUAACUAUUUAAAAUACUAGCUGUAGUGUGGGGGCAGGUUUUACCACACCACCUUUGGUGCUACUGUUCUGGAAGAAACGAAGAACUCCACAAGGCAGUAACAAAUAAACUUCUGCCUCCUGCAGUACCUACAGACUGUAACACUUCUGAUGGAGAAGUCUUAUCCAGACACAGGUAGAUAAAGUUUUUGCUUUUCAGUUGGUACUAAAACCAUGGAGAACUGAAGGGUUUGAAAUGAUGGUUUUAUUCUUUUUUUUUAAAUGACAAACUGAUAACAUUUUGUGGAGAAGUAGAAACUCAUGUUUAGUGGCUAGAAAUCCAACAGAAGUGUCAAGAGCCUGAGCUGUGUUUUACUGUGUAACCUUUUAUCUUAGUCUGUGACCCUGGAAUAAAGAAUUAAAAUCAGUGAA